GCGGUAAAACUAAAAGGGCAAUAAAGAACAAUUUGUCACAGUUGGAAGGAUCGCUGCCGUGGCCUGGAAUAAUGAAAUAUCUUUUUUUUUUUUUAAACAGGGGGCACAUUUUUUCCAAGCCACGUCCUCGUUAGUCACGCCGGUUCUCAAGGGGCGGCAGCGAUACAGUCAUGAAUUUCUGAGAUGAUUUCAUCUCACUGGUUUUUACAACUUAGUCCAAAAGCUCAGCCUCUUCCUAUUAUUUGUGGUUAAAUAUAGCAGCGGAUUCUUUCCCAUUCCUUUUCUCCUCGGAGCGGUUUCUCUGCCACCCACACGAAUCGCAUGAGUCAGAAGGCACACGAAGGAGCCGUUCCCAUCUGGCCAGGCCCUCGCUGGCUGCAUUCGCACAUCCCGAGGUCACCCCGAGCAUCGGGAGGUGAAAUAUGUCUGUCUGCUCGCAACCGGGGGUUAGCUUGGGUGCCACGAGCCCGGGGACACUGGGACGGUCCUGUCCUCCUCCGGCUCCACAUCCCCUGCCGCGUCCCGGCCGUACUCUCCUGCAUCCCCGUGCAGGGGUUUCAGGUGCCCCAGUUUUUAUCCCUGCCAAGGAGGGGGUCACCAGGAGCUGGGCAAUGCCCCAGGCAAGCUGGAAAACCUCUCCUUUUCCCUUCUUGCCCUUCCCUUCUGCAUUAAGAUGCUUUCAUCGAGCAGAGCAUUUCCCACCCCAGUGCUGCCAGCACCACCUCCAUCCCCUUUGGGAUGCGGCAGCCAGAGGGGUUUUUGCUGGGGAUAAAUCCAACAUCCACCCGAAACGAGGCAGGUCAGGGCAUCACCUGAGUAGCAGGUCAAUAGGAUGUUAAAAAAUCAGAAAAAGGAGAAAAAAUGCCGGUUGGCUUCAGUGGGAGGUGAGGGAUGUGCUCAGCCCCGGCACGGGCUGGCGGCUAUCCCACCUCGCUCCCACGGAAAGCAUCCCUGCGCGAUGCUGCUGGAUAAAACCACGGAGAGCUCAGCAGCGAGGCCGAGGAGGCUGCGGUGACUGGGGCAGAACGGAGGCUCGGCCUCCACGGGGGAGGACGGCGGGGCGGGGGUGGUUUGACCCUGCUAUUUUUACCGCGGCGUUAUUCGCCGUAACUAACCAUGCCGGCACGGAGGCGGCGCAGCGGGGAUGCGAUCGGCUCGCAAAAACAGGAAAGGCCUCGGCGUGGCCCCCGGCCCCCCGUCCUCGUGGGCUCCUGCCGGUGACCACCCAGCAGGGCUCCAGCGGGGCUGUUUUUGGCAGCCCACGGGGUGCUGAGCCCCUGUUGUGAAAGGGCAAACGUUCAGGGUUGGGAAAUGAGGUGCGUGGGUCCCGUGAAGCCGAAAUAGCUGAUUUGCCAUCUUCCCUCCACCUCUGAACCGGCCCUGGGCUUCUGCACACGCCGGAUUUAUUAAUUCAGUCACAUCUGGGGCAGCUGACAUUUAUGUUCGGGAAGUCAGGACAAAAAUAUGUGAAAUGCAUCACGGUUUUGCUGCUGAGAGAGGAAAACUGCAGGAUGCUGUGUAAAGGGUUCUGCCGUGAAGCUCGGUCCUGUUCUCACCUGGCACCAUGCAUGGGCGCAGGGGCUAUAAGGGCAGGAGAAAUCGGAUGUUUGCAGCUGCAGUGAUGCACCACAUACAUGGAGGAGCUGAAAACAGGGGCCUGGUACCCUGGAAAGCUGCUGGGUCUGCACAGGGACACAGUGGGUGUCCCCUCCUGGGGCUGAGCGUGUGGGUCCCGGCAGGAUGGAUGCAUCCCCUCCUUGGCCCCUGGCUGAAUUACUUACACGGCUUUUUACACUGCCUUUUUAAAGCCAUCAUUAAACGUCUCUCCUAUUGAUUUGCCACCUGACCAGUACACUGCUAACUUCGUAAUCCCAUUCUGUGUACCGGGAACUGGAGUAACGUAAUUCUGGCCUUUUCACCUCACAGAAGCUGAUGGCUGGUGGUGAUUUCUUCUCCAAGAGGGCGCACACCGUCACGGCUGGUGGUGUAUGUGUGAUGUAUGUGUGAUGCUCUCAGUUGCAGCCUGCCAGACAAAAGCCAGUCUUUGGAGCAGAGGGUGGAAAUUCACAACAGCUAGCGCCUGUAGAUUGUCCAAAUGGCUGUACGCAACCAGGGAAUCAGAAAUAAAGCAGCAGGCAGAUGAACUCGUUGUGAUCAGUGGUAUUUUUUCAGCUAAAAUCCACAGGUAUUUGUCGUGGCCUUGCUCAUCCCACUGCCUGCUCUCCUGGGGGUCUCUGGAUGACAUUUGGAUGGGAAACGCUUGCUCCCUGACCACGGCUGCCCCAAACCCAGCGCCGCCCCUUUCUAUACGUUUUAUCAAACCGAUGUGUCUGAGGCUAGAGCUCCGUUUUUCCUCUUUUCAUUUUCAUUUCCCCCUCGUGUGCAGGCGGCCUGGCUUGCGGCCCGGCUUCCUGUUUGCCACGGGCCGUGGCCGGGCCCUGUCCGUCCUUCCUGCUGCUCCCCGCUCCCUUCCCGGCCCCCUUUCCCCUCGCCGUGCCCUCUGUCCCCUCCUGGCUCUCCCGCUCCCUGCCCACAGCAGCCAGGAGCAGCCGGUCCCUGCCUUUUAUUUAAGGAAAAUAAAUUUAAAAAGCACCAAAAGCAGCAGAAAGGUCUCAGCUCGCUGCCGUUAUUUCCACCCGGCAGCACCUGCUCCGCCAGGAGAGCCGAGCCUGCAGCACCUUGGUGCUUCAUUGGGGCACAACCUGCAGAUCCCCGCUGCCACAUGUGCCAUGCCAUGCUGUGCCAAGCCGUGCCGAGCCGUGCUGUGCCGAGCCGAGCUGUGCCAAACCGUGCCGUGCCGCGUGGAGCCAUGCAGAGCCGAGCCGUGCUGUGCUGAACCACGCCAAACUGUGCCGAGCCGUGCCGUGCUGAGGCCGUGCCGAACCGUGCCCCGCGGAGCCGCGCCGAACUGA